AUGAAUAAAGGCGGUGUGAAAGUUAUCCUACAGCAGGGCAGGGUUGGCAGGAGUAAGAGUGUCUGCAACAAAGACUCGCCCAAUCACAACCCAUCGAACCAAUAUCAGCUGCAACCGAUGCCUGAACCGGGACCGGAUCGAUCGCCGUCCACGCUCACACCGUCCCCAGGCAUCGGUGGUCCGAUCUCACCCCUGGAUCCCGGCAAUGUGACACCUACCCCACCCGCCUACACCACACUGGGCGGCCCCGUCGGCAAUCUGUUCGGUACCUUUGCUACCAAUUUCGGUAACAGCGCAGCACCGCAGCAACCGAACGCCAGUGUGCCAAUAUUCGAAACCAACCUGCCCGGUCCAUCGAACGGUUGGGUGCAGCCCAUACCAUUGCACAACCAAAACGUCCCUAGUCAACAGCAGUCCUUCAAUCUGGGCAACUUUGGCUCGCUGCCACUUACCGGCGAAUCGAUGCUAACCAUGAACACAGCGAACACGAUCCCCAUCAACAACAGCCAGCCGAACGUGGGUCCACCCUCGAUGGGGUCCGAUUUGAACUUUAUGAACCUGGACUUUACGAACCUCGAACCGUUUAACUCGUCCGAGAUACGAUCCGUACUGGGGACGCUCUCUACGACGGAGCUGAACCGUCUGGAGCAUGCGGCAAACAUGCAGACGUCCGGUAAUUACCAGCAAAAUGCCAUCUCCAACCAGCAGCAAACUCUGAAGGCUCUCUUGGCAACACAGCAACAGCAACCCCAGCAGGAACAAGGCCAAACGCUACCGGAUCGAAACGACAACGACGAGGACCUGACCGAUAGCUUUACGAAACUCAGCACCAACGACUUAAACUAA